UAUGUCAUUUUGUCCCGCCAAUGAAAUUAUUCUUUCGUAAGCAAGUGUAUAUGGAAGAAGUUUUGAAAAAUGUUUAGGUGAUAAUGAUUUAAACUUGUUAUCAUUUUUUAUUUAGUUUAAUAAAAUAUGUAACAAUGAAGUAUGAUGAAGCAAGCGUAAUAAAAACACUACAGUCCGUGUUUGGUUAUGGUAACUUUAAAAAUGAUGUUCAAAAAGAUGCUGUCACUGCCAUUAUUAAAGAUCCAAAAUAUGUAUGUAUUUCAAUGCCUCCUGGUUUUGGUAGAUCUUUAUGCUUUCAGUUACCAAUUAUUAUACAAAAAGGCAAAGUCGCUAUCAUUUUUUCCCCAAAAUUAUCUUUUAUGAAGAAACAAACAGAUUUUUUAAAAACUAAGCAAAUCAAUGCACGAGUAUUACAUCCAAGUAUAUAUUUCAACAAGCAACAAAAUAUUGUAAAUGAUUUAACAUCUACUUCUCCUACAAUAGUAUUAUUGUAUGCUACUCCUAAUAUGGCUGGUGUAGCAUAUUUUAAGAAGCUUAUACUUUCAUUGAAAGAUCGUAAGAUAUUAUCUUACAUUGUAUUUAAUGAAGCACAUUGUUUAAGUACAUUGGGGUAUGAAUAUACACCUGAUUAUAAAAAGAUAUUUGAACUUGAUAAAAUAUGUGCAAGUAUACCACAAAUUGCAGUAACCACAACUGUUACUGAUGAGGUAAUUAAAGACAUUUGCAAUUUGUUGGCAUUAAAAACACCAAAAAUAUUUAAAUUACCUGUACAACAAAUCAAUGUAUACUAUGACAUAUGGUUUUUAGAUAUCCUUUCUGAUCCAUUUGAACAUCUUAAAAAUUAUAUUGUGGAAGUAUUAGGGUUCUUUGAAUCAGCAGUUCAUAAGACAAAAAAAGGUUUUAUCAUCGUCUACUGUAAAGAAGUAAUAACUGCAGAGUUAUUGAAAGAUAAGUUAAAUGCUUCUGGAAUAUCUACACUUACAUAUCACCAUAGAUUGAAAAGUAAAGCACAACGUAAUAUUGAAAACAAAUGGAUGUCUGGUAAUGCUUAUGUUAUUACUACAACUUACAAUUAUGGAUUCAUUUAUAAACAGUCAAUUAGAGGCACAGUGUAUUGGACAAUACCUGAAAAUAUUGCCAAGUACUAUAGGGAAUCUGCACAAACCUAUGCACAUAAUGAACAGAAAUAUUGUAGAAUAUACUUUAGUGUGGAAGAAUAUUCUUCUAUAAAAACAGCUAUUGAAAAUCACAAAUUGAUGAAUACUGGAGAUCAUGUGAAACAACGAUUAAGUGAAUACAACAAAUUUGUAUCCUAUUGUCUUUCAGUAAAAUGUCGUCACUCAAACAUUAGUAAAUAUUUUGGACAUGUUAUACCACCUUGCAAAACAAACUGUGAUGUCUGUAAGACUAAUGAAAUGGUAAAAGUUAGAACUUCUAAAUUUAUUACAUUUUCUGAAAGCAUAGAGGGAGUUAAGUAUGUUUGUGACAUAAAUGAAGAUUUGCCAAAUAAUGAAGCUGACAUAAACACUGAGAAACAAUCAAAAGAUAUUUCAAAAACUAAUUAUAAAAAGCCGAAAAUUAUAUGCGUAGAAACUAUUAAAGCUAAGGGUAAUGAUGAACGGGUUGACCCUUGUAACAACAAAUUAUUAUUAGACAACAAGAAAAAAUUGUUCACAGAAAAUAGAUCACUGAUUAUGCGAUUAUCAAAAAAAUAUUGCGUACAAGUUAAUACGUCGGAUACUGCAAAAUGUACAGCGGAUAAUACAGACGUAAUAUACGCAAGUUCGUGCACGUCAUUACCUUCAGUGAAUGAGAAUGAUUCAAACAAAGAAGUGAUGCCGCUAGAACCGAGUAUAUCUAGACACAACGCCAUAAAAAGUUCAGCGAAAAAAACAAAUUGUGUCAGAACUUCCAAUGCAAAAAAUGUAUACGUAAGUAAAUCGAGUAUCGGUAAGGUAAAUGAAGAUGAAAGACGCAAUCUGAUUCCAAGGAGAGACUCUAAUAAAGCUGUUAUUAUUGAUGACGAAUGGCAUUCUAAAAAAUCUAAAAAACGUCUCCACGUCUUAGACACGCGUUGCGAAAACCUAAAACUCAAGCGGGGAAAAUUAGGUUCCGAUGAUAAAGCGGCUAUAGAAACAGAAAAAAUGAGAUAAGAGAAUUGUUGCACGUCCAAAUCUGGCUGUGGAACACCUUAAGAAUGACUCAUACUGAAACGAGUCGCGUAAUAAUACAGUAGUAGAAUAUUUUAUAGUUAAGUACUGUCUAAAUCAGUAAUGUUAAAAUUAUAAAAAAAAUAAUGUUAAGGCAGAAAAGUAUAAUACGUUGUUAAUGCAUGUUUUAAAUUUGAUAUAGUAACUAAUACAUUUAUAGGUGUAUGAACCACUGUAUAUUUAAUAAUCUUUUUAUAUAUGAUGCUGAUACUGUUACAGUUAAAAAUUAUUUAGUAUUAUAAUAACGUUAGUUACAACCAGAACCGGCGUGACAGUGUAUGUCUUAGAACCACAGCUAAAUUUAAAAAUUUAUAAAUUUGGAAAUAUCAAAAUUUUCAUAGAAUUCUCUGUACUUAUAAAAUUUAUAAUUUAUUUAUUUCAUCCCGUAAAUGUUCGUUCUGGUUCUGGCUAUAAUUGUCGAUCAUCGCAAUAUCUAAAAGGUUAAUUUUAUUUUUUAUAAAAUGUUUAUAGGAUGCAUGAUUUUAGUCAAAAUAUUUUUUUCAAUAGAUCGAUUUGUAUCGCAUCAAUGCUAGAACCAAAGUAGGUCGACGAGUCAUACUCGUAAAACGUCGAACUUGCUCACCCACGCAACAGGUGAUAUCAAGCACAAAAUAUUGUGCUGAAAAAGCCUCUUCAGUUUUAUCACACGUAUAUUUUAUAAAAUAAUGUCCCUAAAGCUUGUUUCAUUUUAUAAAGAUCUUAUUUAAUACCUGUUUGUGCUUAGGAUUUAAAUUGUUUUUAAAUUUAGUUAUUAUUAUGUAUGUAUUAUUUACUAAAGACUGAAUUUUAUACCAAUAUAUAUUAGUCUUUACAUAGUAAAUCUUCAAUGUUCUUUUAUAAUUAUCUAAGUUUACAAUUUUAAUUUUUAAUAGAAAAUAUAAAUAUUUUUUACAAGAAAUACAACUACAUGUCUAAACUCAAGUGUGAUGUCAUUUUUUACCAUGAACUUUUUAUCAUUUUCGUUACACUUCAGAGCAAAUACGAGAAUCAACGAUAUCGCUCACGGACAGCAGUGACGUUCAAAGUAUAAACAAUUAUUUAAAUAUUGCCGGUACUCACCAGCCAA